UGUAAUGCGACGAGUAAUCAAUUCAACUGGACAGAAAAUGAAACCUGUGGGCAAACAACAAGCGAAAGGAUGCUUACAACGAUGUUAAAUACCGUCACAGAAUCUACAGUGAUGAGCUUUACAGAAAGAGAAGAAAACUACACAUCAUCUAGCACAACUGCUGCGCAAGAAGAAAAAACACUUUCUCAAAUUACUGGAUCAUUGACCACUUCACAAACUGAGCAAGCAUCGUUGGUUUCCAACACCUUACCUGAGGAAUCAUCAACAUUAAUGUCUACAGAUAUGCCGGAGAUAGACACAACUGAUUUUACAGAGAUGACGGAAAGUAUAUCAAAAACAUAUGUUGAUACAACAACGGGAUUAUCAGUAACAGAGGCAAUAACAUUAAAACCCACAUUUACAUCAACUUCAACAACCAAAGCAUCGACAACACUAAAAGAAACAACAACGAUAACUAGUAAACUGACAAUAACAACGGUAAUAACAACUGAAGCAGACUUGCAAACAACACCGUCUUUUCCACCAAGCUUAACUGAAGUAAAUACACAAUUUAUAUCGGAAUCUACUACAAAAUCAACAACCAACAUAGAAACAUCAACUGCUCAACCAUCACCUACAGUAUCAACCAAAAAAUCGGAAACAAGCACAAUUCCGUCAACAGCAAAACUAGAUACACUCCAGACUACAACAAUCGCUGAAACCAAGUCAACUAUAAGUACAGAAACCCCCCAACCUGUAACGACAUCCGAAGGGCGUGUUGGCACUACCACUUCUAAUGACAAAGGAAAUACCAGACGACAAAUCGAUUCAGGCUCAAGUCAGAAACACCCAGUUGAUUGUUGGGGCCUCAGUUUCUUUUGUGGGGAUAAUUAUCAUUAUGGUUAUUAUAGGGCUGGUAGCUCGAAAAUGCAGGAAACC